AUUUUAAAUACUUUAGGAAGCUUUUUGGUGUUGAAAUAUUAAUUUUUUUGCCAUGAAAUAUUUAAAAUUGUGGUGGCUGUGUGGAGUUUAAACUGUUCUUGUUAACCUGCACCAACACAUAACUCGGUCAUUAGAAAAACAGAUGACAAAACGAAACGUGCUAUUUCAGCCUUGUCAUUUGCAAACAGUGUUAGGAAUGAGAUAUUUUGGGCUUGCAUAAUUUCUCACUUAAAUCAGCUUAUGCACAGCAGAGAAACACACUGCAGAAUUUGAUGGAAUAAAGACACAGAACUGGAAAAAAAUUUGAACUGCCACUUUGAAAAAAAACACAACACAUUAAACCAGAUCAGAAUGGGGGGGUAAAAUAACCUCAAACUAUAUAGGUUUACAACUAUACUCAAUUGGGAGAGAUAGCAGAAAGAAUCUUCUUCAAACAGCCCGAGCCAAACACAGUGGUUUUUUUUGUCUGUACUGAGCAGUGGGUUUUUUGUCUGUACUGUGAGGCUGCACCUCAAGUCCUGUGUCCAGUUCUGUGUCCCUCACUUGGAGAAGGAUAUCUUCAAGUUCUUCUUGGACAGAAAAGGGCAGCAGAGCUGGGGAAGGGUCUGGAGAGUGAGUCCUGCGAGGAGCAGCUGAGGGAGCUGUGGCUGUUCAGCCUGGAGAAGAGGAGGCUCAGGGGAGACCUUACUGCUCCCUACAGCUGGCUGAGAGGAGGAGGCUGUAGCUGGGUGGGGAUCAGCCUGUUCUCCAGGCAACUGGUGACAGGAGAAGAGGACGUGGCCUCAAGCUGUGCCAGGGGAGGCUCAGGUUGGACUUCCGGAAGAAUUUCUUCACUGAAAGGCUUGUUAAGUGUUGGAAUGGAGCACCCAGGGUGGCAGUGGAGUCACCAUGGAGAUGUUCAGGGAACAACUGUAUAUGGGCCUUAGUGCCAUGUUCUAGUGGACAAGGUAGUGGUCAGUCAAAGGUUGGACUUGACGAUCUUGGAGGCUACCUAAAUGAUUAUGCAAUUCUAUGAAAGAUCUGUGAUAUGUGCUUACGCUCUCCUGUGAGGUAAAAACCAUUUAUCUCCCCAAAAGAAAAGUUCCUACUUUCUCAUUAACAGCAGUUAGUACCAGUGAGUCAAAUUUUUACCCUCACCUUGCAGAGAUGCUUGACACUGCUGAGCCUGUGCAGCAAGCAGUGUUUGAGUGCUCUUCUAUAACUUCAGCUCAGAACAUACAUACUAGUUAAGCAUACAUAAAUGGAGUUAAAAAAACCCAACAAAACACGAAAAUUUGAGUGUGUUUUUGAUAUUCCUAUUUUGUCAGUACCAUUCUAGCUAUAGAAGUGAAAUGAUGGCCUUAUCUUCAUGGAGAUGGGAACUAUGUUGGAGUCUAUACAAAACAAUGACUGUAUUGUAUAUAUACAAUGUAUAGAGUGUAUACUAUACAAGGACACCCUUUAGGAUGAAGUCUUAUGUGUGGUCAUUUUUAUCUGGAAACAGAGUAUCCUAUUUUGAUAUGACUGACCCUAUAGAAACUUGACAACAAAGUGUUUGUUUCAGAAUAAUUUCCUGGGCAAAGAAAUGUAUGUGUGCUUAUCUUUGUGCCCUGUUUUAUUAAAAUGGGUGGAGUUUGUAAUUUGAAACUGCUCCUAAGAGGCAGUGGGCAGGGGUGGGGUGUUCAACACUCCUUGGCUGGGCUUGACCUAAAUAUGUAGUUGUAACAAGAGCAGCUUCAAGCUCUCUUAUCACUAAACAGGAGGUGGUGUGUAUAUAAGCUGGCAAGUAAAAAAAGCUGUCCUGCUCUUCCUGUGUGGGUACCUGUCCUGAGCAAACUGUCUGGUUUAUUGGAUUGGACUGCAGACACAGUUAAAAAUGUACUGGGAUUUUCAGUGUAAGAGUAGGUUUAAAAUGUUGAUUUUUUUUACUACAAACCAGUGAAGAUGACACCAAAACAUGAAAAACAGGAAUUUGUAACUGUCUUGGUGCGAGACCCCAGGAUACAGAAAGAAGACUCAUGGCAUUCCUACAUAGACUACGAGAUAUUUAUUCACACAAACAGUAUAUGCUUUACAAGGAAAACAUCCUGUGUUAGACGACGCUAUCGAGAAUUUGUUUGGCUCCGGCAGAGGCUUCAGAGCAAUGCAGUGCUUAUACAGCUACCUGAACUGCCAUCCAGAACUCCCUUUUUCAAUAUGAACAAUCCUAAUCACGUGGACCAUCGCCGUCAAGGUCUUCAAGAAUUCCUGGAAAAGGUGCUACAAGAUGCAUUAUUGCUCUCAGAUAGUAGGCUUCACCUCUUCUUACAGACUCAGCUAAGCCCAGAAGAUAUGGAGGCCUGUGUGUCUGGACAGACCAAAUACUCUGUUGCUGAUGCGAUUCUCAGUUUUGCCUCUCUGAACAGACGUUUUCCUAUAGAAGAUGAAGAGAGAAAAAAAGAAAAAAAUGAUGCAGACUCUGAUUCAGAGAGUUCAUCCUCCGGGCUCGGACCUAGUGAUGACAGCAUUUCAUGUGGAUGUAAAGCAAGCCCAGCUUCUGAAGAAUCAUGAAAAACCAUUCCUGUAUUGCUACCUUAAGGACAGUACAGAGCAAUUUCUGCUUUGUUUACUGGUUAUGUGUACCACACAAACAGGGCUGUCUGGUAACGUGUACCUCAAAGACCCAUCAUUAAUGCAAACGUACGUCCUUACAGAAUACUCAAAACAGAUGCUGAGACUAUCUUUCUGGUGAUUUUUUUGGUUUUUUUAAUGUAUCUUGGUGUAGGUCUACAUUGCUACCUAUUUAUGUUUUUGUGACUAUUAAAAUCUCAGUAUUGGGUGAGUCAUGCUCUUCUGACAUAUGUGGCAGUUAAAAUAAUUCCCUCAGUGAGUGCAUGUCUCGGAUUUGAAAAAUAAAGAUAAUUUAAUUCUUCAUCUUAUAAGUUGCUAUAUCAUAUCAAACAUAUUCAAAGCAUCUUUUAGUCAUUUGCAUCAGAGAAGUUUCAUCUUUAGAAGUCAUUUGACAUUGGUGAUGAAAUUACACACCCCACCAAGGUACUCACUUUUUAAAGUAGCUCAGCAACAUCAGCAAAACAACUUUCGUACAAACUAUAUUCUGCUGACAAUUUGAGAUAUAAAUACAUCUUACUCUGGUCCUUCUGUAAUGUUUAUGGAAAGACUGGUUUUAUCAUGCGUAAGUACUGAAGGCAAAAAUUCUUGAGCAUGGUUGCUUAGAAGUUUAGAAAUAUAAAUAAAAAUUACAUCAUUUCUAGGCUUGCUGGAGAUUCUCAGCUCCCAGGGUAUUAUGGAUACUCAUUCCUGGAGAAAAUCACAGAUGAGGUCCAUCAAAACCAGUAGCUGAAUUUUGCAUCGACCUCGCUAGGGCCGGGAUUUCACCCAACAUGUUUAACUAUAAGCAUUUAUAUUUGAAGGUGCUGGUAGAGGUGUUCAGCAGCUGAAAUGGGGAGUAUCUCCCUCUGAGAGGAUGAUAAUCACGUAGCUGUUAACAUCCUGCAUGGAUGUGGCUCUCUCCACUCUCUCUGAAUAACAGGAGCCACCGAUUUCAUUGUGGCUGUAGUUACCACGCUGGAAUAUUGACUUUUUCACAAACAAAAGGCAGGCUUGAACACAACUUCUUAACCACCAACACUUAUUUUGAUUAAAUGUCAGUUUUGCUCUUUAUUGUUCACAGCAGCUGCGUAGUGUCUUGUCCCAGAUCCUGUCAAAGGAAUAUGUUUCACUGUGGUGUUGUAUUUAUAUUUGACAUUUAACUGCUAUUAAAAAGAGCUAGGGGGUCUGAUCACCCUAGCAAAGCUCCCAUUAACUUCAGUGCGGUAGUUACUGGCCUAGAAAUGGAUAUAAAUACAUGCCUUUCUUUUUUUUUUUUCUUUUUUUCUUCCUUUUUAAAGAAAACUGUGGUUACUUUCAAAGGAGCAUUUUAAACAUGUGAAUUACAGAAACAACAGAUUAUUAAAUACACAGCUAGUAAGGGGUAGCAUAAACAUGUGUGGGCAUGCUUUUUUAAAGCAUCCAGCUGGGAAUCUGUGUAAUUUUAGAAACAGGUUUUAAUAGCUUGAGAAUAACAUCUCUUAGGUAACUGCUUUAAGCCACUGUAUUUUGUUGAUGGUAGCACUUUGUAAGAUAAAUAACCUGGGUUUCUUUUUUGUUAGGUCUUACUGAAUUGCACAAAUGUAUCUAUUCACCGUUUCAGCUUGUAUGUGACUUAGCAGUAAAGCUAUUUUUAAUGUAAAAGUGAUAAUGUUUAAUUAAAGCAACAAGUUAUCACUAAAAGUAGCUUAAAAAUAGCUGUUACUGCCAGUCAGAGAUUUUGAUUACUUGGAUAUUUUUUUCCUAUAUUUUUUUAAGAUCGACACAUUAAAAAAAAAAAAAGUUUAGCAAAUUUAUUUAAAAGGUGGGAAGGAUUAAAAACUGGAAUAAUGCUGGGAAGGAUAUUACCAUUUUUAUUUAAGACAGUGUAGGUUUUUGUUUUUUUUUUUUUUGAAAGAUUGAGCUAAACUCUUGAAGCACUUUACAGUUCUGGCUUACUAACACAUCCUCAGUACCUGACAAAAUCUACAGAAACACAAGGUUUGUAGAGCGUUUGUGGCUGAUUUUAAUUCUGGUAGCUUAUCAGUAUGCCAGUGAGUGUUUUCCAAAUGAAGAUGUUUCUGAAAUAAAUAUUUGUUUUCUAAUA